AUGAGGAAGGAAGCUCCGCCUCCCCUGGUAACCCCGGCGAUCCGCGAGCGGAACCUUCCCCCUAAUGCACCCGCCUGUAUGGAGCGGCAGCUGGAGGCUGCGCGGUACCGGUCCGAUGGGGCGCUCCUGCUCGGGGCCUCAAGUCUGAGUAGCCGCUGCUGGGCUGGUUCUCUCUGGCUUUUCAAGGACCCUUGUGUCGCCCCCAGCGAAGGCUUCUGCUUCGCCGGAGUCCAGACGGAGGCCGGAGUGGCUGACCUCACUUGGGUUGGAGACAGAGGUAUCCUAGUGGCUUCAGAUUCUGGUGCAGUUGAAUUGUGGGAUGAGAAUGAGACACUCAUUGUCAGCAAGUUCUGCAAGUAUGGGCACGAUGAUAUUGUAUCUACAGUCAGCGUCCUGAGCUCUGGCACACAAGCUGUCAGCGGCAGCAAAGACUUCUGCAUUAAGGUUUGGGACCUUGUUCAACAGACAGUUCUGAACUCAUACCGAGCUCACUCUGGGCAGGUCACCUGUGUUGCUGCCUCUCCCUACAAGGACUCUGUAUUUCUUUCAUGCAGUGAGGACAGUAGAAUUUUACUCUGGGAUACCCAUUCUCCCAAGUCGGCAUCACAGUUGGGCUACACUGCCUCUGGCUUCCUUCCUACCUCACUGGCUUGGCAUCUUCAGCAAAGUGAAGCCUUUGUCUUUGGUGAUGAGAAUGGGACUGUCUCCAUUGUGGACACCAAAAAUGCAAGCCUUGCCCUCAGCUCAACUGUGCACUCCCAGUGUGUCACUGGGCUGGUGUUCCUGCCACACUAUUCGUUCCUGGCCUCUAUCAGUGAAGACUGCUCACUCGCUGUGCUGGACUCUGGCCUUUCUGAGGUGUUUAGAAGCCAAGCCCACAGAGACUUUGUGAGAGAUGCUACUUUGUCCCCACUCAAUCACUCCCUUCUGACCACAGUGGGCUGGGACCAUCAGGUCAUCCACCAUAUUGUGCUCACUGAACCUGUCCCGGUCCUUGGACUUAAGAGUGUUGCUGAGUAG